UUUUUGAUAUCACAAUAGCAUAAAAUAUGCAAAACGCAAGUAUCUUUACAAUCAUUUGUAUUCGAAUUUAAAUAACAAAAUGAUAAUAACACCACCAAUAGUAAGGAAAAGAUAAUUAGUGUUGAAACUAAUCAUCCGUAAGCCAUAUAGAGCACUUCGAUGAAAAUUAGAGUAUUAAUAAAAAUAAAAAUAGACCCUCAAAACUAUCUGAAGAGACGCAUAGAGUGGCUCCUUGGCAUAUGAUUAAGCUCCUUUAAUUUAUCUUCUCGUAUAUAUAUAGGCAUUACACAUCUUACUUAUUACAUUUCACAUUCAACUCUUAUACACACAUGCACAUGUUAAUGGCGACAGGUAUCGAUAUAAUCCAAAAGCUUAAUGUAUAUCCAAGGUUUCAAGACCAUGACAAGAAGAAACUAAUCACUCUCUCCAAUUUGGACCGUCAAUGUCCUUUACUCAUGUACUCGGUCUUCUUCUACAAGAAUACCACAACUCGUGACUUUGACUCCGUCUUCUCCGACCUGAAGCUCGGGCUGGAGGAGACUCUUUCUGUGUGGUAUCCCGCGGCAGGGAGGCUGGGCUUGGACGGAGGUGGCUGCAAGCUCAACAUCCGGUGUAAUGAUGGUGGCGCAGUCAUGGUGGAGGCGGUGGCGACAGGUGUCAAGUUGUCCGAGCUUGGUGAUUUGACUCAGUACAAUGAUUUUUAUGAGACUUUGGUUUACAAGCCUUCCUUUGAUGGUGAUUUCUCUGUGAUGCCUCUUGUUGUUGCUCAGGUGACAAGAUUUGCAUGUGGAGGUUACUCAAUUGGAAUCGGUACAAGCCACUCACUAUUUGAUGGAAUCUCAGCUUACGAAUUCAUUCACGCGUGGGCUUUCAACUCUCACAUUGACAACAAAUCCAAUGGCAAGAUUACUAAUAAAAAGGAUAAUUUGGUCAUCAAACCGGUUCAUGAUCGAGGAAAUCUACUGUUGAACGGGGACGCUAUCCGAGUAACCAAUGCUGCAGCCAUUUGUCAUCUGUACCAGUUGAUCAAACAGGCGAUGAUGACUCAUCAGGAGCAAAACCGUAAAUUUGAGUUACCAGACUCUGGUUUUGUGAUCAAAACGUUCGAGCUUAAUGGCGAAGCGAUAGAAAGCAUGAAGAAGAAAUCACUAGAAGGGUUCUUGUGCUCCUCCUUUGAGUUUCUUGCUGCUCAUUUGUGGAAGGCAAGAACAAGGGCUUUAGGGUUGAGGAGAGACGCCAUGGUGUGUCUACAAUUCGCGGUGGACAUAAGGAAGAGGACGGAGCGGCCGCUGCCAGAAGGAUUUUCCGGCAACGCCUAUGUGCUUGCCUCGGUGGCAUCCACCACCAGAGAAUUACUCGAAGAACUAACACUCGAGUCAAUAGUCAACAAGAUUAGAGAAGCCAAGAAGUCAAUUGACCAAGAUUACAUCAACUCUUACAUGGAAGCACUCGGAGGUGGUGAUCAAAGUAAUGACGGAAAUCUCCCUCCUCUCAAAGAGCUAACCCUAAUCUCCGACUGGACAAAAAUGCCAUUUCAUAAUGUUGGCUUUGGCAACGGCGGGGAGCCAGCGGAUUACGUGGCACCACUGUGUCCACCUGUGCCACAAGUUGCUUAUUUCAUGAAGAACCCUAAAGAUGCUAAAGGUGUUCUUGUGAGGAUUGGUUUGGACCCAAGAGAUGUUAAUGAUUUUUCAGAUCAUUUCCUUGAUUGCUAAUAUAUUAGCUGGUGAUAAUUAAUUAAAUUAGUAGAAUGUUUGUAACUUAUUUUGUGUUAGUAUAUAGUAUGAUCAUGGCUCCUCUAUAUGCAUGCGUGUGCGCUAAAGACACUUUAUUGUAAUUGGGUUAUGAUGAUGUAUAAUUAAUGACAUCUCUCUGCUUUGUGUA